AUGGCAACCCACUGCCUGCCGAACCCCGACGGCGACGACUUCGAGCCGGGUGGCAAGUUCUACAUGUACAAAGGCGUUCUGCGUGAUAUCCGCAACCACCCUGAUAUUCCCGAAGAAUUGAAGCUUCGCCGUGUCAAUGAUCUGAAAGAAGAGGUCUUUCCUUUUUGGCACCGCUUGGCCGAAGUCCGCAAGAAAGAGGAGGAGGAGUUCCUGGCAGUCUACCUGAAGUACAAUGGGCCCGAUGGCAUUUUGAAGCGCUACUCUCAGGAAUACGAUGAGAUCAAGGCCAGGAUUGCCGCCUCCGACGACACCCUCCUCGUCAAACGUCUGAAAUCGUACAAUUCUGACAACUGUUCCCCGCGGAACGAUAUCUGCCGCAACAUUGCUUACCAGUUUGAGAAAGACCGGGGAACCGAUACUCGAGAGGCGGAGAGGCAAUCGGAUCAAUUGGAUGGCAUUGAGCAUGCUAGGGAACAGCCAAAGCCUACCAUUAGUCUGGUGCCGUUUGCUGGAAUUGAUGGAGUACCACACCACCACAACAAGAACCCGGACGACGAUCCCUCCUGGAACGUUCUCCUUCUGGAGAUUCUGCAUCGCCUGAUGGCCGAAAAGGACGGCGAGCCAUUCAUCGACCAAGUUGACGAGACAGAAUUCGAGCAAUACUACCCCGAAAUUGCGAGGCCCCGACACCUCAAAUUCAUCGAGCAGGGCUUGAGAUCAGACAGCUCGGUCGGCUAUGGAGCCACCGCGUUUUUCAACGACAUGGUUCUCUUCUUUUGGAACUGUCGAUACUACAACGGACCGAAAUCCGAAUACACAAAAAUGGGGGCUAACCUGCAGAACCUCAUGAAGGCGCUGCUCCGGGAAAAGGGACCCGUCGGGGAGAGGCUCCUGGCACAGUACGAGGCAAUUGACUCUCAGGGCUUCGAAGAAUGGGUGGACCCUGAGUGGAUCUACUUCCAACCUGGCUACAACAGGCGCCUCCCUUGUUAUCAAGAAGAACCUGACAAAGGCUACGUGAGGCGUCUUGCGCGGGAGCAGUUCCAGAGUGGCCAGGAGCGCGUGCGUCAGCUGCGAACUCUCUUGGCACCGGUAGUCUCCAGCACGAGGCAAGGCGCUGAUGAGGCCCCCGUGGAAGGCGAGGCUCAGCUGGGUGGUGAAUCUCGGAAGCGGCCCCGCGAGGAAGACGCAGAUGAAACCGAAGAGGACCUGAACCGCGACCCAAAGAGCCAACGAUCCCACCGUAACGCCACUCCUGGCCCCUCGAAUGCGGGUCGUGUCUCUCGCCGCCGAGCCUCUGCUGAGCGCCUCCGGGCUUCAGCAGACGAUGCCGCCGAUGGUGAAGACGCAGAGGUAAUUGAAGCUCAGGCGCCUGGGGCAUCAAAGCAGCAGCAGCCGACGGAGGAGCCGGCCUAUUCUGGCGCCCUUGGCUCGAGCUCUGGGGCUAGAGGCUCUGCUUCAUACAGUGUUCCCUCCCAAGCUGGCAUGAAGCGCGCCAGAACACCCGACGGCGACGACGGCGACGACGACGACGACAGCGAGGGGGACGGCGUGGAGGCUGGUGAUGGCCACGGACCUGAAGGCUCAAAGCGACGGCGUCUGACGAAGGAUACGCCUCCUGCUGGCCUGCCCAUCGCGAGUCCUGAAGCUGUACCAGCAACCCCAAGGCAGGCGACUCCUGAGCCCGGAGACCUUGAGCCCGGCAGCGCCGAGAGCCACUUGACGUCGUUGGCUGGGGACAUAACACCGCAGCCCAUCAGGUUCCCAACUGAUUACUCGGUGCCGUCCUCGAGCUUCAUAAAUUUCAGCAGGAACUCAAUCCCCAUGAGCAAGAUCGCCAAGAUGGGCAAGAAGAGGCCGUGGCUGUUCGGCUACAGGACGGCUGAAGGGUACGGCAUAUACGCCUUCGUAAAGUGCCCCCGCGGGAACUGCAAGCACCACUUCUCAAGCCACCCUCUCCGGGACUCCCGCGCGCGAGAUCACAUUCUGGCCUGCAAUCAGCAAAUACGAGACGAUCGGGACAUGGUGCGGCAAUACGCCUGCCAAGUGAUCAAAGACGAAGACAGAAAGUCUGACCUGACGAUCGACUGGGCUCGGAAGUCCAACCUCCACCUGCUGCCUGCGGGCCUGAAAGACAACCACCCCGAGAACUUUCCUCUUUCGCCUGCCGACGACGACGAGGAAGCCUGA